CCGGAGAUCCGCGAGCACGGCGCGGGCCAGUACCCCUUCCACCUCAACUACAGCUUCCACAGCCCCUCCCCGUACCCCUAUCCCACCGAGAGACGACCCGUCGUGGGCGCCGUCAGCGUCCCCGAGCUCACCAACGUCCAGCUCCAGCAGGCGCAGGAAUAUCCGCCGCCCAACAUCAUCAGGAAUCAGGUUUAUUGGCCGCCGCCGCCGUAUCCCUACCCUCACCCUCGACCCGCCAACAGCACCCCGGACUUGUCCCGCCAUCUCUACGUCAGCAGCAGCAACCCGGAUCUGAUCACGCGCCGCGUCCAUCACUCG